UAUGUUGUGCUAAAAAUUUCAAAACAAAACACUGAGAAAUUUAUUUAAAUGAAUUUUCUGACGAAAUUGAAGAGUGCAACAUCAUGCACUAAAUUGAUUUCGAUUACGUUAAGAAAUUUAAGUGUUUCAUCAAAACCAACAACAACAUUAAAUUCCGAUUAUUCAAUCCAUUUAAUUAACAAUGUAAACAUUGAUAAUACAAAAUCUGCAAAACAGAAUACAAAUGUUAUCAAAGAUAUUGGAAUCAAUGGCCCACUUUGGAGAAGAAAGGAAAUUUUUGAAAUUCCUUUAACCAAUAAAAUUAUCGAAAAUCCCACACAAGUAAACAAAGUAAUCGAGGAUGUUAAUAAAAUUGAUAAGUCUAUCGAGCUACCGAUGCAUGACAAUAGAAUUGUUGAUGAUAAUGGAAAACAAGCUGCAAAACAUGGAAUGAUUAUGAUUCGUAGAAGAAAAAUGCGAAAGCACAAGAGAAGAAAGCUUAAGAAGAAGAUGAAAUUUCUUUGGUUGAAGGUAACACAAAGACGUGAAUUAAGAAAGGAAAAAGCUUUCCGAGCAGAACUUCUCGACCAGAUUCGUGAAGCUGAAAAAUUCUCAGCAGAGGAAUAUGUUGCUGACAGAAUUCGUCAGGCCACAGAGACUCCAAUACCAAGAUUCUGGAAGAGUAAGAGAUAUCCUAAAGACCUUAUCAGGGGCUUCAUGGAGGAGGAAGAAAGAAAAAAGGAAGAGAAGAAGUAUAAGAUGUGGGAAGAGUGUCGAAAGCAGCCAUAAAACAAGAAAAAUGUUAGUUUGACUGAUUUUGGCGAAACUAUAAAUAAAAAAUAGAAUUUUAAAGUAAGAAUUCCAUU